AUGUUAUUAUUUAAAAAGGUUAAUUCAAAGGUGUUAAGCAUAAACAACUAUUUGCAGAAAUAUUUAGAGUCCAAUCAGUUUGAAAAAAACCUUAAAGAAGCACUAAACAACAAAAACUAUGGCGUGUCGAAUAGCCUUCUGUAUGACCUGUCGAUCUCAACGUACGAUGCGAAUUACUAUAAGAGAGUCCUCAGCGAGGUUUUCAAGGCAAUCCAGGAGAAGCCGUCAAAAUGGAGGAGAAUAUACAAGGGAUUAAGACUGUGCGAGUACGUAAUGAAGAACGGGUGCGAGUACUUCAUCAGCGACGUGAAGGAUAAGGAGGAACUCAUUAAAAAGCUGACGCACUUUACCUUUUUAGAAGAUCUAAAAGACAAGGGAGUAUGCAUAAGAGAAAUUUCAAACAAUAUUUUAACCUUGUUAAGAGACAACAAACAUUUGAAGAAUGAAAGAAUGGAAGCUGCGAAAUAUGCAAACAUCUGCACUAAUAUAGAAUCCAAGCCGAUUGAAAAAAAAGGAUUUUUUUCAAGUCGGAAAAAAAAAACAAAAAAUAAAGGGAAGAAAAUGUUGGAGAGUAAUAAAAGAAAUUAUAUGGAUACCAGAACUACAAGAAAUCCACAAGAAAAAAGUAUCUUCGAUCAGAUAGAGGAAGAGAGAAAUAUGCUAAACAAAUAUGCAAGCAAUAAUUACGACAUGAAUGAUAAUGUGCACAGGUCGGAUGACAUGAGAAGAGGCAGUGGAAAUAAUUCUGCCAGUGCGUCUUCAUCAGACUCAGACUCAUCCGACAAUAGUAGUGGCAGCAGCGGAAGCAGUAGCAGCAGUGGCAGUGGUACCGAUGGGAGUAGAAGUCGGAGCAGUGGCUACAUAUCAGGGCAUAAAUCAAGCAGAAGAAAAUCCGGCAGAGGAAGAAAGCACAGAAAUGCAUCUUCACAUUCUUCAAAAUAUUCACGCUCCUCUUCAGCGUCGCAUGAUGGUUCGAGAUCUUCAUAUGUUUCUCGUUCCAAGUCAGCUCGUUCAUCAUCGUGUGUAUCAUCCCGAAGUUCCUCUCGUAACUCGUCUGCCUCAUCCUCUGCGUCGAGAUCGUCGUCACGGUCGUCCCGCUACUCAUCGGCUUCAAGCCACUCCAGUUAUUCUUCAAAGAAGAAAUCCCACGCACGGGAUAAGAAUCGGAAGAGCAGGAGCUCCAGAAGGAACAAGUCGGGGCGCUCCAGAUGA